GCUUAGUACAAAGUUACUGGAACUGAAGGGGUGGGUGGCAGACUGGAUUGGAGAAAUUAAACAAAGCUAUAGUUUUGGCUAGUUAUUGCAAUUGAAUGAUCGUCCAGUGUAAUUAUAUCUUACUCUUUUGAAAAUGGCAUCGACUCCCGACGAGAGCGAAAAAGAAAAGGUUCCCUCGGUGUCCGUGGACCUGAACCAUGAUGCCUCUCUGCUCAUCGACAUUCCUGACGCCCUGUGCGAGCGUGACAAAGUCAAGUUCACCGUCCACACCAAGACGACGCUCCCAACGUUCCAGAAGGCGGAUUUCUCAGUGACCCGGCAGCACGAGGACUUCAUCUGGCUCCACGACACGCUGGUGGAGACGGAGGAGUACGCCGGCCUCAUCAUCCCUCCGGCCCCCCCCAGGCCAGACUUCGAGAGCCCCCGGGAGAAGAUGCACAAGCUGGGGGAGGGCGAGGCCUCCAUGACCAAGGACGAGUACACCAAGAUGAAGCAGGAGCUGGAGGCGGAGUACCUGGCCGUGUUUAAGAAGACGGUGCAGGUGCAUGAGGUCUUCCUCCUCCGCAUCUCCUCCCACCCCAUCCUCAGCAAGGACAGAAACUUCCAGAUCUUCCUGGAGUACGACCAGGAUCUCAGCGUCCGGAGGAAGAACACCAAGGAGAAGUUUGGCGGAUUUUUCCGGAACAUGGUGAAGAGUGCCGACGAGGUCCUCAUCUCGGGAACAAAGGAGGGGGAUGAGUUCUUUGACCAGGAGAAGACCUUCCUUCUGGACUACUUCAUCAAAAUCAAAGACUCCACCACCAAAGCAGAGAAGAUGACCCGCUCACACAAGAAUGUGGCGGAUGACUACAUCCUGGUCUCUGCCACCUUGGCCAGCCUAUCAGCAGAGGACUCCACAGCACUGAAAGGGUACCUGAUGAAGUUUUCAGAGCUUUUGGAGAAGCUCAGGAAGGUAGAGUCGAGGGUGGCGUCGGAUCAGGAGCUGAAGUUGACGGAGCUGCUCAGAUACUACAUGAGGGACAUCCAGGCGGCCAAGGACCUGUUAUACCGGCGCGCGCGCGCCCAGGUGGACUACGAGAACGCGGCGCGGGCCGUGGAGAAGGCGCGGCAGAAGGGCCGGGACGUGCCGCAGGCCGAGGAGCUGCAGCAGCACUGCCUGCACAAGUUUGAGAAGCUCUCCGAGUCCGGCAAGAGGGAGCUCACCAGCUUUAAGGCCCGGAGGGUCGUCGCCUUUCGGAAGAAUCUGGUGGAGACGGCCGAGCUGGAGAUAAAACAUGCAAAGAACAAGACCACCCUGCUGCAAGGCUGCAUCGACUUGCUGAAAGCUAACUGACCCCCCCAGACCCCCCCUGACCUCUGAACCACCACCACCGCCCGUCAGGCACGCCACGCGUGGACCCCAGUCUGCCCCCCCACACUGCACUUCAGGUCUCUGUUUACACCCGCUCUGUCUCCAUGCCAAUCAGGGGUUUCCAUGGUCGCCACUGCUCUGGGGGCGGAGCUUCCUAUCCCCCAGUAACCAUGGGCGACAGUCCUACUUCUGAAACUUGUAGUAGUUCAUAUUUUUUUUUGAAGAAAACAUUUUUGUCAUUUACCCUUGCUUUGUUCAGUCAUAUCCCAGUCCUGUGCUGUUCUGGUGCAGAUGGUCUCUGAGUCCCACUCCUCCUGUGAACACACUGUGUGCCCGGAGGAGAGAGUUUACACAGACCCCUGUCCUCCCCCCGCCCCACCCAGCUGUGGCCAGUUCCCAUGGGGUGGCUUUUUCUCAUUUCACACGUCCCUCAGGGUUGCCUGGCAACCUGUAAAAGUGCAUUAAUUAUUAUAUUGGGGAAGGAAAGGCUCGGCCAAUGGAGGAGCAGGCAGCUGCUGGCCUUUUUUUAUUUUUAUUUUAUUUUUAUUUUUUUUUAUAAUUCAGAGCGAAACUUGGCGAUGAACUUGCGGAGUGGAAAACAAAUUAUAAUAAUGAUAAUAAAAGGUGAUGAUGAUGAGGAGGAGGAGGAGGAGGAUGGUGGUGAUGAUGAUGAUGAUGAUGAUGGUGAUGAUGAUGGUGAUGAUGAUGGUGAUGAUGAUGGUGAUGAUGAUGAUGAUGAGGAUGAUGAUGAGGAGAUUGACGGUGUCUUCUUUAAGGAAGCUGCCUGCAGGGUGUUGUGACUCCUCGUUCAGCGCUCCGUUAGGAUGCACUGCAGGGCAGAACUACGUAAAUAUAAACCUUUCUCAUACGUCAUUUCACAUUUUUGAAAGUGAGUUUUUUUUUCUUCAGUGGUCAUCACAACGCUCCCUGCAGCGCUAUCGCAGCGUUGCAAAAGCGUUGAGGAAACGUUUGAGCUGGGUUGCCUUAACGUUUGGGCUCCCCAGAGACACCAGCCGAGAGAGAGCCCCCCCCCCUGGCCAAAGCCCACUACACUUUGUACAGUAAAAUAUUAACACUUUAUUUUAAUACUAAUAACAUCGACGCAAUUUGAAUUUCGUCCUGGUAUGCUAUUUUAAACUAGAUCAUGUUGCUUAUUAACAUUAUAUUUGUAAUUGUUUUGACAAAUAUGGUAGAAUAAUUUGUAAAUGGGUAUAUAAAUGCAUUCUAUGAAAUAUAGAGUUGCAUAUUUAAACGUGAAAGUGGCAAUAAUUUUGUAAUCCGUCGCGCACGUUUUGACAGCGUGCGAUUCAAAUUUAUCACAUUUGUCCUUUUCACCUUUUCACCAGGUGGCGCCACACCGUCUCUUCACCGAUCUCUCAGUAAAGCACAAAUCCAUUUUACUUAAUAUAUGCAAAACCUUUUACACUAGCAAAUAACGGAAAACAAACAGUAAUAAUGUGAUAAAUGUAUAUACGCGUUUAAAUCUGAAAAUAAUGUUUUAUAGACUGCACCAGCUGGACGCUGCAGAGUAGAAUCGUGGAACUGCAGAUGGGAACUCUUGUGUGUUUACACUUUUAAAGAUUAUUGUUGCUCAUGCUGUCAUCUUUCUGUGACAGACUGACACCGUUUGCUUUGCGUACACAAUCAACCAUGGACCAAAUGCAGCUCUCUCCUGUAAUACCUGACGUGGCCGAAUGAUUGGUUGGUUGUGUGAAAUGAUGCUGAUCAUGAGGAAGAUGACUGCCGGGACUAACUGAUUGCCAUAGCUGAGUGUAAAAUAGUUGUAUUUUUUGAUAACUGAAUGUAAUUCUGAAACAAUCUCUCUAAAUAACCACACGGUGUUCCUCUGACAGUUUGUGUGUUUUUAGUGUGAAAAAAACAAAUAAAUUCAUCCUUUCCCAAA